AUGAACAUUCUCACUGUAUUUUGUUUUUUAUUCGGUUUUUAUUUGGUUUCUUCUGCUCCGCUUCCACUUGAGGAAGAUUUUAAUGUUUUUCAUACAAAACAAGAAGAUCAUGGUUAGUUUUGUUAUUAAAAUCGAAUAAAAACAAUUUUUUGUAGAACAAAGAUUUAUCCGAGUUGAUGAAAACAAGGAUAAAGUUUUAACUUUUGGAGAAUUCCUUCAUAUGGAGUUAGCCUAUGUUGAUGCGAAGAGAGAAGAAUUCUCGGGACUUGAUAAAAAUCAUGAUGGAAAAGUUAGUUUGGCUGAAUAUGAAGAACAUUAUCAUGAAGCAUCAAGCAAAAGUGAAAAAUCAAGAACUGCUUAUUUCGCAAAAGUAUUCGAAGAUUUUGAUGAAGAUUUCAAUAUGGCUUUAAGUCGAGAAGAAUUGGAAAGAGUUUUGGCUGAAAGAUUCCUUGUUAAACCACGUGAAACAUUCCCAAAACUUUUCUUCAAAUUCGACGUUGAUAAAUCAGGAGGUUUGGAUUUGACUGAAUAUAUGAAAUUUGAUGCUGAAUUCCCAUUUGAUCAAACUGAUCCAAUUGGUGGACAUCCAGCUAAAACAUCAUCUUCUCCUUCAAAUUCUCAACAAAAACACACUGAAAUUCCAAAUGAUGCCGAUGUUGCUGCAAUUGCUGCUGUUAUGGCACAAGCCUCACCAACUUUGAACAAAGUUAAUUCGGCAGCGCCACCACCUUCUGGAGGAGGACUUCAUCCAGUUGCACCGGGACUUUCUCAACCAGCUGUUCCAAUCAAAAAAGCUAAAGCCUAA